AUGAGCGAUAUCGUGGAGAAGACGCUGACGGCGCUGCCCGGGCUGUUCCUGCAGACGCCGGGGGCGGGCGGGCCGGCGGCCGCCAGGGCGCCCUUCUCCUCGCGGCUGGGCGGCCUCAUCCGCGGCAUCACCGCGCUCACCUCCAAGCACGAGGAAGAGAAACUAAUCCACCAGGAACUAAGUAAUCUGAAAGCAGCGGUUUCUGCUCCUACAACAACACUGAAAAUGAUGAAGGAAUGUAUGGUGAGACUUAUAUAUUGUGAAAUGCUUGGAUAUGAUGCUUCCUUUGGCUACAUACAUGCAAUCAAGUUGGCACAACAAGGAAACCUUUUAGAAAAAAGAGUAGGUUAUUUGGCAGUGUCUUUAUUUCUACAUGAAAGUCAUGAACUGUUACUUCUCCUUGUGAAUACAGUUGUAAAGGACUUGCAGAGCACUAACCUGGUGGAAGUAUGUAUGGCACUUACUAUCGUUAGCCAGAUUUUCCCUCAAGAAAUGAUUCCAGCUGUUCUUCCAUUAAUAGAAGAUAAACUUCAACAUUCUAAGGAGAUUAUACGAAGAAAAGCUGUUCUGGCAUUAUACAAAUUCCAUCUCAUUGCUCCUAAUCAAGUACAACAUAUCCAUGUUAAGUUUCGUAAAGCACUUUGUGACAGAGAUGUUGGGGUCAUGGCCGCUUCCUUGCACAUAUACCAUAGGAUGAUUAAGGAGAAUUCAUCUGGAUAUAAAGAUUUGACUGGAAGUUUUGUAACAAUUUUGAAGCAAGUAGUUGGAGGAAAGCUCCCAGUAGAUUUCAAUUACCACAGUGUUCCAGCACCAUGGUUACAAAUCCAGCUCCUGAGAAUACUGAGACUUCUAGGAAAAGAUGAUCAAAGGACAAGUGAAUUAAUGUAUGAUGUUCUUGAUGAAUCCUUACGAAGAGCCGAGUUAAAUCACAAUGUCACAUAUGCCAUUCUGUUUGAAUGUGUGCAUACAGUCUAUUCUAUUUAUCCCAAGUCAGAAUUACUUGAGAAAGCUGCCAAGUGCAUUGGGAAAUUUGUCCUGUCACCUAAAAUAAAUCUCAAAUAUUUAGGACUGAAGGCUCUUACCUAUGUUAUUCAACAGGAUCCCACUCUGGCUCUUCAACACCAGAUGACAAUAAUUGAAUGCUUAGACCAUCCUGAUCCCAUUAUUAAAAGAGAGACGCUGGAACUUCUUUACAGAAUUACUAAUGCACAGAAUAUAACAGUGAUUGUCCAGAAAAUGCUUGAAUAUUUACAUCAGAGCAAAGAAGAGUAUAUUAUCGUCAAUUUGGUUGGCAAAAUAGCUGAGCUGGCUGAAAAAUAUCCUUUGUUUGAACCAUAA